AUGUGGGCUCUUGUUCGAGCUGCAUUAUGCCCACUUCAUAUUGAAGAUCAAAAGCCUACAGAGCAACAGGAGGACUUACUACUGCCCCCUCCUCCUGAAGCAGAGCCUGCAGAGCCUGUAAUACCUAAAGCCCCGCUGCUGGAGGAAAUAUUUCCCGAUCCUCGGCCUCUGAUGUGGGAGAGCUCAUCAACUAGGUCCUCAGUUAUGGGGUCCUAUGUCAGAACUGGGUUUAUAGGCCCAAAAGGUCUACGAAUCUUCCUCAUUCUCGGAGGAGUCUUGGGUUCUACCGCCAUGAUCCUUUUAUACUACGCUUUCCAGGCAACGUCCCUCGCCGAUGCCAUGGUUAUCGCCUUUAGCUGUCCAGUGUUUACGUCUAUAUUUGCUUGCAUAUUUCUCAAGGAAAAAUACAGCCUUUGGAAUGUUCUCUUCACUGCAUUCGCCAUCACCGGAGUGAUCCUCAUUGUGAGGCCACCAUUUGUGUUUGGUUCCAACACUGUGAAGAUGACUAGAAGCUAUUCAGAUCACCUGAAGGGCACGUUGGCAGCACUUGGACAUGCUGUAUCUAAUGCCUUGACUCUCGUUAUCCUCAGAAAAAUGGGGAAAUCUGUGGAUUACUUUUUGCCCAUCUGGUUUUAUGUACUGGUUGGCCUCGUGGAGUGCGUCAUCAUCCUCUCUGUAUUCGGAAUGUGGAGGCUGCCGAACUGUGGGAUGGACAGGCUCUUUCUCCUACUAAUCGGGCUGUUUGGUUUGGGGGGUCAGGUGUUUCUCACCAAAGCCCUUCAGAUAGAAGAAGCUGGGCUAGUAGCACUAAUGAAGACCAUGGAUGUGGUUUUUGCUUUUAUCUUUCAGAUUAUUUUUCUUCAUAAUAUACCAACGUGGUGGACGGUGGGUGGCGCGCUCUGCGUAGUAGCCAGUAGUGCUGGAGCAGCCAUUCGUAAAUGGUGCCAGGGAUCCAAAUGAAGCAUUGUUGCAGAAAUGUGUAUUUUUUACAAGUCCAUCUUCACUGAAUACAAAAACACCACAUAUGCACAUACCUGGAAAAUCAGCACUUAAUUAAUUGAUUAAUUUAAUAAAUUUCAUAGUUUAAGUAUCA